AUGCCGGAAGCACCCAGGAACCACCACACCACGACGGAGUACAGUCUUACAGAGAAAAACAAAAAAUCUCUCCAGUUCAUCGAAGACGUCACCUCGAAUCCCGACGCCAUCCAACAACGAAUCCUCUCCGAAAUCCUCACCCAAAAUGCCGACGUCGAAUACCUCCACCGCCAUGGACUUUCCGGCGACACCACCGAUCGCGAAACCUUCAAGAAACUCAUUCCGGUCGUCACUUAUGAAGAUCUCCACACCGAUAUAACUCGAAUCGCCAAUGGCGAUAAAUCCCCCAUCCUUUCUUCCCACCCCAUUUCUGAAUUCUUAACAAGUUCGGGGACAUCUGGAGGAGAGAGAAAGCUGAUGCCCACCAUUGAAGACGAGCUUAAAAGAAGAUCACUUUUAUACAGUCUUUUAAUGCCGGUUAUGAAUCAAUUCGUUUCGGGUUUAGAUAAAGGAAAAGGGAUGUAUUUCUUGUUCAUCAAAUCCGAAUCCAAAACUCCCGGCGGGUUACCCGCCCGACCCGUUUUAACCAGCUACUACAAAAGCUCUCAUUUCAAAGAAAGACCCGAUGACCCGUAUACCAAUUACACCAGCCCGAAUCCGACAAUCCUCUGCCCCGAUUCAUAUCAAAGCAUGUAUUCCCAAAUGCUCUGCGGGUUAUGUCUCAACAAAGAAGUCCUCCGGGUCGGAGCCGUUUUUGCAUCCGGGUUUAUCCGAGCUAUUCGGUUCUUGGAGAAGCACUGGGUUCAUUUGACCCAUGAUAUCCGAACCGGAUCCUUGAAUUCCAUCAUUUCUGAUCCUUCUGUAAGAGAAGCUGUCAUGAAGAUAUUGAAACCCGACCCGAAUCUAGCGGAUUUUAUCGAGUUCGAAUGCUCGAAGAAUUCAUGGCGAGCUAUAAUCACGCGGCUAUGGCCGAACACGAAGUAUGUCGACGUCAUCGUAACGGGAUCGAUGGCGCAGUAUAUUCCGACGUUGGAUUAUUACAGUAACGGAUUGCCAUUGGUUUGUACGAUGUAUGCUUCAUCCGAGUGUUAUUUUGGGGUUAAUUUGAACCCACUUUGUAACCCUAGUGACGUGGCGUAUACCCUCAUCCCUACCAUGGCGUACUUCGAGUUCCUUCCUGUUCAGAGAAACAACGUUAAUGGCGGAAGUGAGAAGAAAGAGAAGAAGAAGCAGAAACUGGUGGAGCUUGCAGAUGUUAAGAUUGGUGAAGAGUAUGAGCUUGUUGUCACUACAUAUGCGGGUCUUUAUAGGUAUAGAGUUGGUGAUAUUCUUAGAGUUGUUGGAUUCAAGAACAAGGCACCCCAAUUCAGUUUUAUAUGUAGAAAGAAUGUGGCAUUGAGUAUCGACUCGGACAAGACCGAUGAAGUCGAACUACACAAGGCGGUCGAGACUGCGGUUAACCAUUUGGUCCCUUUUGGUGUAACCCUAACUGAGUACACGAGCUAUGCGGACACAACCACGGUCCCAGGUCACUACGUGAUCUUUUGGGAGGUUAGUGUAAACGGGUCAAUCUCGGUUCCAGCGUCGGCUUUCGAGGAUUGUUGUCUUACAAUCGAGGAGUCGUUGAACAGUGUUUACCGCCAAGGGCGGACUUCAGAUAAGUCGAUAGGGGCUUUAGAGAUCAAGAUUGUCGAAAAUGGGACGUUUGAUAAGUUGAUGGAUUAUGCAAUCAGCUUAGGGGCUUCAAUCAAUCAGUACAAGACUCCAAGAUGCGUAAAAUACGAGCCGAUCGUGAAAUUGUUGAAUUCGAGGGUAGUGUCGAGUUACUUUAGCCCAAAGUGCCCGAAAUGGUUUCCGGGGCACAAGAUGUGGAAUAAUGUUAAUUAAUUGUGGAUUUAGGUAGGAAAUUAAAGAUGUUUGUUUAGAUCGAUCAUUUAACAUCUCUGAACCCAUCAUGUUAUCGUAUUUGGUCCCUUUUUUUUCAAUGGUAUUUCGAUGUAGGAUAUGUACAAAAACAAUUGGGAAUCGAAGGAAAGCUCAUGAUUUCGUAUUCA